GUGGAGAACAAAAAUGAAGCGGAAAAACCGCCUCUUCUUCUCCUCUCCAGAUUCCACAGACUUGAACCAUUCGCCAUUGCUCAUCCUCCUCCUUCCUCCUUUGGACCUUCAGCGCCACUUGGGUUAGAGUUACCUCUUCCCCGACAGGGAAGAUGGGGCAGCAAACGCUGAUCUACAGCUUCGUCGCUCGAGGGACCAUCAUUUUGGCUGAGUACACCGCCUUCCCCGGAAACUUCACCACCGUCGCAGCCCAAUGCCUCCAGAAGCUCCCUUCCUCCAACAACAGGUUCAAUUACAACUGCGACGGCCACACCUUCAAUUACCUCGUUGAGAACGGUUUCACAUAUUGCGUUGUCGCCAAUGAAUCGGCAGGCAGGCAAACUCCCAUUGCCUUUCUCGAGAGGGUUAAGGAGGACUUCGGUAAAAAAUAUGCAGCAAAAGCUGCGAAUGCUGCAGCCAAUAGCCUUAACGGACAAUAUAAGUCCAAGCUAAAAGAGCAUAUGCGAUACUGUGUGGAUCACCCUGAGGAGAUAGACAAGAUCGCCAAAGUCAAAGCUCAGGUUUCUGAAGUAAAAGGAGUAAUGAUGGAGAAUAUUGAGAAGGUUCUUGAACGUGGGGAGAAAAUUGAGUUGCUUGUCGAUAAAACUGACAAUCUUCGCUCUCAGGCACAAGAUUUCAGACAACAGGGAACAAAGAUGAGGAGAAAAAUGUGGAUAGAGAAUAUGAAGAUAAAGUUGGCUGUUUUUGGCAUCAUUAUUCUUUUGUUGCUCCUUAUCCUCAUAUCAAUUUGCCAUGGCUUCAGGUGCUUCUAA